CUCGGCUGGUCCCUGACUCGUUGAACGGCGCUCAGUGUUUGUCUCUCGGUUCGGUGUUUCUCCGACACGGCGCGGGCAGAAGCGCCCUGAGCCGCCGUCGCCAUGAACUCCAGCCUGGACCUGUCGAGGCGAAACCCGCAGGAGGACUUUGAGCUCAUCCAGCGGAUCGGCAGCGGGACCUACGGAGAUGUCUAUAAGGCGCGCAAUGUCAACACAGGAGAGCUGGCCGCCAUCAAAGUCAUUAAACUGGAGCCAGGUGAAGACUUUGCGGUGGUACAACAAGAGAUCAUUAUGAUGAAAGAUUGUAAACACUCCAACAUUGUUGCUUAUUUUGGCAGCUAUCUCAGGAGGGAUAAGUUAUGGAUCAGUAUGGAAUACUGUGGAGGAGGCUCACUGCAGGAUAUUUAUCAUGUGACUGGGCCUCUGCUGGAAUCUCAGAUUGCAUAUGUAUCACGGGAGACACUGCAGGGUUUGUACUACCUCCAUAACAAGGGCAAGAUGCACAGAGAUAUUAAGGGAGCCAACAUCCUGCUAACAGACAACGGCUAUGUGAAGCUGGCGGAUUUCGGAGUAUCUGCUCAGAUCUCGGCUACUCUGGCCAAGAGGAAGUCGUUUAUUGGAACGCCGUAUUGGAUGGCUCCAGAGGUGGCAGCUGUAGAAAGAAAGGGUGGUUAUAAUCAGCUGUGUGAUAUCUGGGCUGUGGGCAUCACUGCUAUAGAACUGGCUGAGCUACAGCCACCCAUGUUUGACCUGCACCCGAUGAGAGCCCUUUUCCUCAUGACCAAGAGCAAUUUCCAGCCUCCUAAACUGAAAGAUAAAGUCAAAUGGACAAAUAACUUCCAUCACUUUGUGAAAAUGGCACUGACCAAAAACCCCAAGAAGAGACCAACAGCUGAAAAACUGCUCCAGCACCCAUUUGUGUCGCAGCCCCUGAGUCGGACCCUCGCCAUUGAGCUGCUGGACAAGGCCAGCAACCCUGACCAUGCCCACUACAGUGACAUAGAUGAUGAGGAGCCUGAUCCUGAGUCUCCUGUGUCUGUUCCUCAUCGGAUUCGCUCAACAAGUAGAAGUUCACGGGAUGGAAAGACUCUGUCCGAGAUCAACUUUGAUCAGGUGAAGUUUGAUCCUCCUCUGAGGAAGGAGACAGAACUGCAUCAUGAACCGGAACUUCAGUUGGAGCCGCACAGUAUAUUAGGAGACAACAAGAGCCUAUUAAAAUCUGUAGCAGAGGAGCUUAAUCAAAGGGGUCAUGUGACACAUUUAGAGGAUGGUGAGGAGGAGGAGGAUGAUGAUGGUGGUGGUGAUGAUGAAGCUGUACAUUCAAAUGCCAGUUCCACAAUGAGACCCAAAGUACCUCCCCCACUGCCCCCCAAACCCAAGGCUCUAAGUUCAGCACAGAACGGUCCCACUGGAGAUGACAGUGGUGGACAGGGUACAAUCAAGCGCUGCCCUGCUUCUCCAAACCCCACCCCUCCUUCUCGCCCUGCCUCCUGUGUGCCCCCCAGACCUCCGCCCCCUCGACUGCCCCCUCACAGACGCCGCAGCUUAGGUAACGGAGUUAGCCCGACUCAGCAGAACGGAGAGAGAGAGAGGCAGUCGACCCUCCCCACGAUCCCCAGCCGCAAGAGCAAGGACAUUCCAAAACCCAUCAGUAACGGCUUGCCUCCAACUCCUAAAGUGCAUAUGGGAGCUUGUUUCUCUAAAGUGUUCAAUGGCUGCCCGCUGAAAGUCCACUGUGCUACAUCCUGGGUCAACCCAGACACCAGAGAUCAGUAUUUGAUUUUUGGAGCUGAAGAAGGCAUCUACACCCUCAAUCUGAACGAGCUCCAUGAGGCCGCCAUGGAACAGAUAUUUCCACGGAGAUGCACAUGGCUGUACGUGAUGAAUAACUGGCUUCUGUCUAUAUCUGGCAAAGCCUCCCAGCUGUACUCCCACAACCUCUCAGGCCUCUUUGAGCACGCUCGGCAGAUGCAGAAGUUACCAGUUGCCAUACCAACAUAUAAACUGCCUGAUAAAAUCAUCCCUCGGAAGUUCACAGUGUCCAAUAAGAUUCCAGACACGAAGGGAUGCCAGAAGUGUUGUGUAGUUCGUAACCCAUACACAGGGCACAAGUACCUGUGUGGUGCAUUCCAGUCCAGUGUAGUUCUAUUCGAAUGGGUGGAGGCCAUGCAGCGCUUCAUGCUGAUCAAGAAUAUAGACUUCACGCUGCCUUGUCCACUGGAGGUGUUUGAGAUGCUGGUGGUCCCGGAGCAUCAGUACCCACUGAUCUGUGUGGCCGUCAGUAAGGGCAGCCAGCCUGACCAGGUGGUGACCUUUGGCACGGUGGACCCGAACGCUCCCGUACCCACCUUCACUGAGCCUGACACGCCACAGACGUGUGUAAUCCACGUUACUCAGCUGGAGAGAGACACCAUACUAGUCUGCUUGGAUCGAUGUAUAAAGAUGGUGAAUUUACAAGGCAGAUUAAAAUCCAACAAGAAGCUCUCUGCUGAACUCACCUUCAACUUCCAGAUUGAAGCAAUAGUUUGUUUGCAGGACAGUGUUCUGGCCUUCUGGAGGCAUGGGAUGCAAGGACGCAGCUUUAAAACCAACGAGAUCACACAAGAGAUCUCCGAUAACUCACGCAUCUUUAGACUGCUGGGAUCAGACAGGACGGUGGUGUUGGAAAGUCGACCGACAGACAACCCCACAGCCCAGAGUAAUCUGUACAUACUCGCAGGCCAUGAGAACAGCUACUGAUCACAUACACGCUCAAUCUCACUCUCAACGGCAUUCCACAGCCAGUCAACAUAAAAACUACAUCCCCAGCCAUGUGUAUAAGCUGUGUGUGCACGUAGACAUUCCUAUAAAACCACACAUCCCUCCAUGUGCAACAGCCAUUCUACUAAACUGCUGUAACACUACAACUCAGCCACAGAUAAACACUACCAGAACCUAAUCAGCAUCAGGAGAAAGAGGAAACAAAGCAAACUCACCCGCUGCUCUACUCGACAAGCACUACAGCACGACUGUACUGUACACACAACGGUUGUGUCACAACGAAACAAACAAGAUUGCCUAUUCAUUUAUUUAUUGUGGCAUGCUACGGAGAUGCAGACGGCAUCCUCUUUUUCGUUUUUAGAUUUUUUGUUUUAAACGUGUCACCGUUCCUGCUUGCAGCCUUUCCUUGUCCUUUUAGAGCCAGAGGAGCCGGUGGUCCAACUUUUGUGUCAGGGGUCCAUAACGACUCUGUAUUCACUUUCUCAACAGAGCGUAACUUCUGUGUAGGUAUUUGUUAUUGCAUUGUAACCAUAUAAUGAUAUGCUUGUGAAUUUCUGCAUUUUACAAUAUAAGAACAUGUACUUGCAUAGAAGUUACAGUAUGCUAACAUACCUAUGUACAUACUUUGGUUCAUCGGACACCUGGUAAGAAGCAGGACCACGUGAUUAAGUCCAAGUCCUCAUAUGAGCCCUUCUAGGCUUAAAGGAAAACUUCAUCCAGAAUUCUUAAUGUUGCUAAUAAUCUGAGUCAGGCAACAAGGCAAGUGAGAAAAUGCUGACUGAUGCAUAGUUGCCUUUUUAUAUUACUUAUUUAACAAUACAGCCUAUUUAUGAUUUAUGUAAAGGCUUUGGACUUUUCUCAAAUCUAAUAAAGUAAGUAAAACUACAACUCUUGUACUUAAACACUAAAGUCAAUGUGUUGUUAAUGACAGCAGCACAGUUCACUACACAAAUGCAAAAAUUGCUAUUCAUUGUUAGCUAUGUUAGCAUUUUUGGAUGAACUAUUCCUUUAUGGCUGUAUGUAUUAUGCAUUUUUAAUUAAACGAGCUAUUCCUCAAUCAGUGUUACCCUACAAAUGUGUGUAUAUAUAUAUAUAUAUAUAUAUAUAUAUAUAUAUAUAUAUAUACAGCUGCCAAAUGGAACUUAAAUCUUGGGAUGAUGAUACUCAUUUAGCGCACAUGAAGUCAGACUCCCUACACAGUCCAUACAGUUACAUGAGGGCGUUUUUCCACUGCAAGCCUCAAAAACAAGAACCUGGGAACCUAUGGUUCUAGUUCUGGUUCUUUUUCCACCUAACUGAAAGGCAGCUGUAACCAUCAUGAGCACGAUUAAUGAUUUCCUUGAAAUGAACUGUCAUUUUAGGUUGUGUUGUGCCAAGCUACCAUCCUUGCUAAUUAUACCCAUUUUAACUUUAACGUUGAUAUGAAACUACAUACUGCACACUCCACUACUAACAUUCUCAAAGAAAUGUCUAGAAUUACACAGAAUUGUGUGUAGAACACACGCAAAACUUACAUUUUUCUGUCAAGUGAGAAAUUACGUGCAAAAUACUUGUUCUGUGGAAGCUAGCGUUAGCUUCCUAACUAGCGUAUCUUAAAUCAACAUGCCAUCCUGGUCUGCAUUAGCGACAAUGCUUGCUAGAUAUACUUAGCUAAACUUCUUGGUUGAUAUGAUAUACUGCACACUGCUUAUAUUCUCACACAGAUGUCCACAGUUACACAGAAUCGUGUGUAGAACAAAAGCAAAGCUUAUAUUUUUCUGUCGAGUGUGAAAAUAUGAGCUAAAAAGAUUGUUCUGUGGAAAUUAGCGAUAGCAUUAGCUUCCUAACCCAGCUUAUAGAAAAUUCCGUGAAUAUUGUUCUGUGGAAGUUAGCGUUAGCUUACUUAGAAAAUUCCUAGAAUAGCAAUCAGCACAUCAACAUACCAUCCUAGUUUGCAUUCUGCUGCACUUAUUGGUCAAAUAAUAGUGCUUGGUGAAUUUAUUCUGCCCUGGAAGAGUAAAGAAAUCGCUAAAUUGUUAUAAGCUUUAGCUGCAAGUGUUAGCAAAGGCAGAGGGGGACACACUCACAUCUAGCACUCAAGUAUCAUUAGUUCAUGUUGGUCGGAUCUUGAUCAGGUACCGAAAACCAUAUCUGGAACCUUUUGUUACCUGAUCCUUUGCCAAAGGAAAAAGCACAGUUCCAAUUUUCUGGUACUAAAGAUUCUGACACUUUUUGCAGUGGAAAAACGCCCAGAGUGUUCAGUUAUUAGUAAUUGACCAAGAUCAGAUUUACUCAACUUUGAUGUUUAGUUGCAAUUGCAAAAUCUACCUAAUAUCAAAUUGGUUCAGACAGAAAUGUCUUAUUUCAUGUUUAUCCAUUCCGCUUUGUAAAACUUGACCAACUCAAAUUGUUUCCUGAAUCGUACUGAUUGUAGCCAGAUUGUGUUACUUUUUAUUAAUCCUGUCAUAGAGGAUUUAGUCCAAACUUCAAGAUAGCUGCCAUAAACCCCAGCUUUAAAUGCUGAAACGUUGCCAUUUCAUGUCCGAAGUUAACCUAGGACUGAACCGCUGUCAUAUUGUUAAAACCCCAUGGGCCAGUCCCAUAGAUUAAGCCUUAUUCUUAACUACAAAAGGACUCAAAGGGAGAAUUUCCGUUCAUGCUGUAUUGGUAGCUGUAGGCUAAGCUCGAAAAAGUCUGUCUGAAACAACCCGGUCCGUUUAGGUUGCUAUUUAAGUCUUGCCUUUAAAAUAAAGAACAGAAAUCAAAUGUCACUUAUUUCCACUUUAGCGUGAGGAAUUUAGUUUUAUUUAUGGAAAGAUGGAUUUCAGAUCUUGAAGUGGGAUGGUUGUUUUUGUAUUUUAUUGCUUUUAACUGAAAGCCAUGCCUCACGUUUGGAUGAUUUCGUAACAUUACUAAUCACUGUAUCGAAAAUUUGCACAGUUUUAUACAGACUAUAAUGUGACAUUCGCUGUUCGCAAGUGCAUAGGUGUUUCGAGAUGUACAUAAAAUACAGUAACAUCCGCGUGCAUCGCUUUACACUACGGACAUGUGCAUUCACACUCUCAAGCUGUGAUGUCAUUAAGAGAUAGAAUAGACGAAUAGAGAUUACUGAGAAAUAGUACAUGUGAAGAACAUGGUGACGAGAUACAGUACCGGUCAAGAGAUGGACCUGUGAGGGGUUUUUCUUUGUUUUUGCUACUUUUGAGUAAUAAUAGACAUCAGCACUAUGUAAUAUCACAAUUACUACAAUGGGAAAUGUAGGCCUCCUGCUAAAUAAGGCACAUUGGCUGGUUGAUUGGCUGAAUGCAUUAAGAAGGACAAACAUUCCGCUAAGGCUGCGUUCACAUUACGAGCCUCACUGCUUAAUUUGGUUUCGAUCUUUUUGACUUGAUGGUUCACAUUCCUCUGGACAAGUGGCUUCUUUCUGUCAGUCUGCAUCCAAAUCAUGUAACGUGAUGGGACACAGAUUUUAUUCAGAUGCAUUGCUUCUGCAGCAUUUACUAGGACGGUAAGUUCAGUUUAGGACCUUGUGCAAGAAAUGUAAUCUAGCCAUUCUUAUUAAGGUCACAAGCAUACAAAUCAAGCAUGUAACGAUCUACAGUGGUGGUGGGGUGGGUUGGGGGGGGGGUUAGUUCAGCCUGAUAACAUUGAGUUCAUGUAACAAGCAGUUGAACAGGUUUUGUUCUGUUGACAUAAAUGCUUUGAACAAAACAGUGCAAAACAGUAUUUCAGCUUAGGUAAACAAAAGAAGUAUUAAUUUACUUCAAACCUAAAUAACAUCUGGCCUCUACCACCUUUUACAGUAUAGGACCACAUGUGAAAGGAUGCACUCACGUUACCAGACUAAAGUGGUGUUAAUCAGAUUUUUUUUGUUCUAAUAUGCAAAACAGAAUUUCAGUUUAGGUAAACAAAAGCAAUAUUAAUUUGCCUCAAACCUCAGUAAUAUCUGGCUUCUAGCAUGUUUUACAGUGUGGGACCAAAUAACAGGCUGCUUUCACAUUACCAGACUGGAGUAGUGUGAAUCCAGUUUUUCUUUGUCCUAAUGUGACACAGUCUGUUCAAAUCAGAUCUGAGCCACUUUUAUAUGUGGCCCUAGAUCAGAUACAUAUCCGAUUCAUGGCCACGUGACCUUAAUGAGAACGCAGAGAUUGGAUUUUUUUGUUUUUGUACCAUCAUUUAUCAUUAAUGAGGCAGCAGUGCCUAACCUGAAGUUUAAGCCAAUAAACACUGCAAAAUCAGUUCAUCUUGCGCUAAUAAUAAACAGCUGAGAAGUGCUCUGAGCAAGUCAUUUUCAUGACGAAGGCUUGUUCUGCUGGUUAGUUUGUUGUUCAUGACACACGUGGUUAAUUCGCGUGACGUCAUUGAUCAGGAUGUGCGCAUGCAGAUCAUUUCAGGACACAGAUGCGUUCACAUUAAUGACAGAUUUGAGCCACGAGCACGAUGUGAACGAUCAAGUUAAAAGAUAGGAUCUGAGCAAAAAAAUCAGAAUCAAGCAGUGACUCUUGUAAUGUGAACGUAGCCGUACAGUGUAAACCACAUAUGAAAGUGGCACAGAUCUGAAUUUCAGAGCAUUCGCACGUUAAGGCAAAAAAAUUUCAACGAAAGUGAACAUAACCUAAUAAAUUCUUAAUGAGGCUAGUUCGGAUAAUUUAAUGAUUGUGGUUCAAAGUUUUUAACUGUAAAUUUAGCUAAACUGAGCUUUUAGUGCAAAAUGCCUUUGAUUAGAAAUAGCAAACAUUUAGCUUGGUGUGUCCAGACUUUUGGCCUAUACUGUGUUUCGAUCUCUGACACUUUUGUAAGAAGAAACAAUGCAAUGUCUCGCUGAUGCAGUAUGUGUAAAUAUGAGAGAACUCUUUCCAGUGUGUAAUCACUUCUUAAAAAAAAAAUCUUAAUGCAUUCCCCUUAAUCCAGAGCGUUUAUUAUCGUGAUUACUGAAUGUUCACUUUUUCAGGAAUGACCGAAUAAUGUCUUGUUGAAGGGCCUAAUUUAACGAUUGAAUUUGGGCUACUUCUUCAGGUUCGUUGAAUAACCCAGGGCUAAAAUAUUUUAAUGCAGUUAACGUUCAUUUCAGACUGUGUAAUUUAGCAGAUGAUGAUGACUCAAGGCUGCAUUCUGUAAGAUUUCAUUAUCUUACUCGGUUCCACGCUGGGCCACUCCUGGGGACAGAUUAGGACUUGCUGUACAUUUUCCCUACAAGACAUUCCACAUUACCAGUCUAAACAUGCAGGGUGAAGUAUUGUACACACUACUCUAUGGCAAGAAUGGGUUUUUAACCCUUACAAGUCUAGUCAUUUUUGUUUUGCUAUACUUUUACCUGUAAUUACACAGUUACAUAAUGAGUUGGAUAGUUAGUUACAUAAUAAAUUAAUAGUUACAUUGUUAUUCAAACAUCGGAUUAGUAACACUUUAUAACAACAGGCCCUGAUAAACAGCAACUUAAACAUUCUCUAUUCUAUUAACCAUUCACUUAGUAAUGUACCAAAAUAUAAAAAUUAUUUACUGAUCUUUAUGAUGAAUGUAUAUAUAUAUUUAUAUUAUAAAUAUAAUACAUUUAUAAAAAGUACAGUGCUUGAAUCAAUUCCAAGCAACUUGUAAAAUUUGAUAAUAAUUUAAAUACAGUGGUCUGCAAAAGUGUGGUUCAGUCAAAAUUCAAAUAACUGAAGUUAAAACAAUACAGAAGCUUAAAUAUGACAUUUUUCUCUACAGUUAUUAUUUGUGUUUAACACAUAGAAAAAAAUCUAAAUAUUACAAUAUAAAAUGUGCCAUAACUUUUGCACAAGACACUUGUCAUACUUUAUCCAUAUGUUAAAUUCAGCAAAUAAACAGUAAUUGUGUGUUAAAACAGGGAAUUUGACCAGGUGGAGCGCAAACUUUUGCACAUGACUAGCCGCAUUUAUGAAUGCACGAAAACAAUAAUAUAGUUAUUAACCAAUGUUAGUAAAUGUUUAGACAGUUAUUAAGUUGCGUUUUAUAGGGACCUGUUAUAAAGUGUUACUGAUGGAUUUUAUUUAUUUAUUUUUUUAAACUGACAUUCACUUUUUCAUCAAAUUCAAAUCAUAAUAAAAUACUGUUUACAAACACAAAUUUACUAGGGAUCGAAUAUUUAGAAUCUGUACUUUACGCAAAGGUUCUCUGCUUGUUUCAAUAAAUUGCAAAUAAUAAAUAAUAAUUCAUAUAAAAUGACAAACCUCUAUAGAUUAAUGCAUUUAGUUUCAGCCUUUCAGAAUGCAGCUUUCGUCUCGCAGCAGCAUUGCGUAGAUUCAUCUGACUGAGUCGUAGGUUUGAAUUCACACGGUCCAGCAUGUGGUAAUGAAAAAAAAAACAACGAAACGUUUUGUCGGCUGCAUUAACAUAUUCGAUUCACACUGCAAUGCACAUGACCUGUAAAUAGUGUAAAAUAAUAUUUGGUUUUAAAGACUGUAUAAUCGUCUAUAUUUUGUUUCAAAUGUGAAACUGAUCUAUGAGACUGAGGUAACACAUUAAAAGAAAAGAAAAAUCAACA